AUGGCCGAUACACCGAGUGACCCGCCUCCAGACUAUGAUAAGUCUACCGCCAGUCAAAGCACUGCCCAAAGGCCAUUGCGCAAAGGUCCUUUACCGCUAGAGCUCCCUAUUCUUAAGCACCUUAACUCUAAGCGAGUGAUUCUCGCAUCUGCAUCUCCUCGCAGGAAGGCAUUGCUACAGCAGUUUGGCCUCUCAAACCUUGAGAUCCUUCCAUCUACCAAGCCCGAGAAUCUUGACAAGGCCGCGCUGGGACCAUUCGAAUAUGUAGCUGCGACAGCUCACCAAAAGUGCAUGGACGUCUAUACCACCGCCUUGGAAGUGCAUUUGAAGUCCAUUCCCGAUCCGGAUCUCGUCAUCGCUGCAGACACUGUCAUCGUUACCAAGGAUGGCCGAAUCCUCGAGAAACCUCGAAGUGAAGCUGAUCACAUCCGUAUGUUGAAGCACCUCCGGGACCAGCGGAUGCACAAGGUCCUGACAGCGGUCACGGUCCUUGCCCCUAGAGAGGACGCAAGGCACCCUGGUUACGAGAUCGACAGCUACACAGAAGAGACUAAGGUGUACUUCCUGAGCGAGACUGAGGGUCUCCCUGAUGAUGUGAUUGAAGCUUAUGUCAAGACUCGAGAGGGCGCUGAUAAGGCGGGUGGCUAUGCUGUUCAGGGUAUCGGCGGCAUGUUGCUUGUUGAGAAGAUCGAAGGUGGUGUAGACAAUGUUGUGGGACUUCCUGUGAGAAAAUGUAUGGCCAUGGCCGAGAAAGUGAUAUUUAGACAGCAAGAGGAGGACUUUGAGGGCGAAGGAUCGGAAGAGGAAUGA